UUGCUUGUCCACAUGGCUGAAAAUUCUGAUCAUAUUAAAACUAUUGACGAAGAAACUAACCAAGAAACUACUUUGGAUGAAAAAGAUAGCAAAAUGCGCCUUUCCACAUGGCGCAGAUUUGCUUUCGGCAUUGGUGGCAUUCCUAUGCAAUUAAUGCAAAAUAUCAACGGUUUUUUCUUGGCUCUUUUUCUUCUUGAAACUGCGGAAUUGAAACCAACCUACCUAUCUGGUAUCCUUCUUGCUUCUCGUAUUGUUGAUGCCGUUACCGAUCCAAUUACUGGAUUUCUUGUAACCAUCACAAAGUCGAAGUUUGGUCAAAAGCGACCAUGGCUAUUGUUUUCGAUUCCAUCCUGGAUUAUCACAUUUUUCUUCCUCUACUUUGCUGUCGACUGGUCUCCUGAAGGAAAAUUGGCUUUUUAUCUUAUCAUAAACUUGAUCUUUCAAAUUGGCUUAACCGCAUUUCAAGUUCCCUACAGUUCAAUGACAAUGGUGCUUACUCCUAAUCCCAAAGAAAGAGAUGUUUUAACAGCUUGUCGUAUGUUUUCUGAGGUAUUUGCCUUCCUUAUCGGUGUGGCUGUCUUUGGAUCCAUUAUCGCACCCUUCCGAACCGCUGUAAAAUGCGAGGAAUUAAGUGCCAACGGAACAGUAGGAAUGACUACUGUAGCUCCAAUUUCCAAAGAUCCAGAGAUCUGGGCAUACAAAGUUGCGGCUGCAGUCACUUGUGUAAUUGGGACAGUUGCGGCUUUAAUCUGUUUCUUUGGAACCAAAGAGAUUAAUACCAUGCUUUAUGAGGGUGAGCAAGAAAGGGAGGACAGGUCAUUGAAGGGUUUUCUCAAAGCAUCUCGAAGCAUUUUUACCUUCAAACCAUACCUCCUUCAUAUGGGAUUCUAUCUCUUCUUCUCUUUGGGAAUACAGUUCUCCCAAACCAAUUUUGGUCUUUACGUAGCUCACACAAUUAAAUUAUCCAAGUAUCUCAACUAUGGCAUUAUUUGCCUUCUUGGAGCUGCAGUGCUUUUUAUUCCACUUGGACAGUUUAUUCAAAAGAAAAUUGGAAAGAAGAUUACAAUGUCCAUUGCCCUUUGUAAUGCAUUCAUUCCUACAUUGGUACUCUUCUUCCUCCCAGAAAGGCCCCAUCUUGGUAUUUUUUUCUCUAUAAUGAUUGUGCAGGCAUUUACUCUCUCCGUUGGGCUCCUUCUUCCAUGGUCAAUGCUCCCAGAUGUAAUUGAUGCAUAUGAACUGGAGAUUGGUGAACGCCCGGAAUCAGUUUUCUACUCUCUUAUUGUAUUUUGUAAUAAAUUGGCUGUCGGUGUGUCCUUGGCAAUUUCAGCUGCAUUUUUGGAAUAUUUUGGUUAUAAAUCUUCCAACAGAUGUGGUCAAUCACCCAUAGUAGCUCAAGCUCUCCGUGUCCUUGGAUCUCUUAUUCCUCUCGCACUUUUUAUUCCAUCACUUCUACUACUUUACUAUUACCCACUUGGCACCAGUCAACUUGAAAUUAUGCGAGCCAAAAGGGAGCGGUAA